AAGUUUCCAGUUUCCCCCUCCGAUUCUUUUCAGCUCAACAUCCAUUUCUUUUGUCUUCACAAAUCAUAUCCUCGUAUUUUUCGAAAAAUGAAACCUAGGGGCAACGAAUCCUCGAAUCUGCUCCAUCGUGUUAUUUGGACCGACAAGGAUCCCAACCAUCGGCCAGCGCUCGAAUUCUUUGUGUUCGUGGAACCUGGAAUGGUCGAAAAAUGGCGCAAUGAUAAAAGUGUCCCUCUCGUCGAUGUCCUGACUAGGUGGCAAAUCUGGGAAGUUCCUAAUGGAGGUCAUACGGGUCGCGCAAUGACACCCUCUCGUCAAACACUUAUUAAUGUGUUUGGCACCACCAAUGAAACUGAGAUUAUCCAGUGUAUUUUGAGCGAGGGCAAAAUCCUGCUUCCUCACGCCGCGCACCACACCGAGAAGCUUUCUCUGGGGCGUAAUAGGGGAGCACCCAUCAAUGAGACGAGGGGAGAGUACUCGGGAAGGUGUGCGAAUAAGCAUUUCAAUCAAUGGGUUGGGUGGAGGGCGUCGGUUCAUCAGUGACGUUUUGGAUCAGACUGAGACAUUGGGUGAUGUAUCUGCACGCAUUUUGUACAUAGCCCUGUAUAUACGCGAAGUAUUCGCUAGCUCCUUGCAGAUACAUUCACAAAACAUGCUGUGACAUAAAAAAAAUCUAUCGUGAUAUAUUUGCUGCAUACAAAAGGUUGACAGCAAUAGCGUCAGAUAUGUAUAAAUGUAAAUCUUCUUCUGAAUUGAUGAUAGGCGCCUCAGAAUCCACUCA